AACGCCUGUGACGUGUCCACCGUGCCCUGCACCGUGCCCGUACGGUCAGACUACAGAAUUCUGCCGCUGACGUCUCUACACUAAAAGCCUGUAAUUGAAUGAAGUCGGCAAAUCACAUUAUAAGAGGAUAGUUUCAGCUAGCGAUAGCAAAAAUUCCAUUUGCAUGGUAUUCGUCUCACUGUGAUAUAUGACAGAUAAAAGCCACAGAACCUGUUUGCCUACUGACAGCGAUCAGGUGACAGUAUACUAGUAGCAGACUACAUUUGUCACUACGCACUGGUAUAAACGAUCUUCGCCACUGUACAGACUACGGAAGGUAACCCCAAUAUGUGAUGGUACAUGUUGGCGCAGCGACACAGCUGCUGUGGCUGGUGUCACAGACCUGGUACCUGCUGAGGAUUGUCCUGCGAAUGGCGUUUGUCUUAGUAAACAACCUGUACGUGGUGCCUGCACACUUUGUGUGGAUGCUAUGCCUGCAGCCCGUGCGCAUAGCCAGACCUGAACUGUUCUGGGAGCUGGAAGGCAUGAUGAUAAAGUGGAUGUCAGCACAGAUAGGCUGGUGGGGGUACAGUGCUGGAUAUAAAGUGUAUGAGUGUGGAGAGGACAUCUCUCACACCUACAAUGACGGGGCUAUAGUGAUGGUGAACCACCAGUCCACAGCUGACGUGGCCACCCUUAUGGGAGCCCUUCAGCACAAGGGACCAGUGGUGAGGCGCAUUAUGUGGAUCAUGGACUACAUUCUCCUCUACACUAACUUCGGACUGUGUGCUUGGGUACAUGGAGACUUCUUUCUACAGCAGGGGCAGGAGUAUCGUGACACCAUGCUGAAGUCACUGAAGGAUCAUCUCAACACCAGAUAUUCCAGCAGGAACCAUCAGUGGAUCGUUCUGUUCCCGGAAGGGGGCUUUCUCAGGAAGAGAAGAGAGAGGAGUCAGAAGUACGCACGGAAGAACAACUUCCCUAUCUUACAGCACGUACUGCUUCCCAGAACGGGAGCGAUGAAAACCAUCCUGGACAAUGUUGGCCCGCCAGUGGCCCACACCAAUGGGCCACGACAGGCUAAUGGCACCCUGCACUCAAACGGUCGGCAUGUGAAGUGGAUUGUUGACAUCACUAUUGCAUAUGAGCACGGCAGACCACUGGACAUACAGACCCUAACCUCUGGAUGGAGGCCGCCAUAUCCCACCACACUGUACUACAGGCAUUUCCCAACGUCCGAGGUCCCUCGGGACGAGGCAGGCCUGACCAAGUGGCUGUACGAGCGGUUUGUGGAGAAGGAAGAACUUCUGUCCCACUUCUACUCCACGGGCCGCUUCCCUACAGGCACCUCCCGGCCAGGUGUCAGGACAACAGGUGAAGCUGUGGAGAUAACGUUCAGCCCGUGGUGGAUGCUGUCUAUCCACCUCUUCUACUUGUGUUCCACCGCUCUGCAGUGGUAUACUGUUAGCACUGUUCUAAAGCAUAUCUUGUGAUGGCAAGUUCGGGUGGUUUGAAAUUUGAAAUAAAACUUGAUCAAGAGCAAAAUGAAAGUGAAUUUACAACAGUGAUACAUGUAGAUAAGCAUACGUAUCGCACCUGUAUUUUGGAGUAUCAGCUUGCUACAAAUUCACCGCGUGGUUGCAGUCAGUUAUCUUGUGUAUAUGACAUUCUUUCCGGCAAAUAAUGUCUUGUUCCUUUCCAAUGCAUUCCUAUUUACAUGUAUCUCCAAUCCCAUUGAUGAAGCGGUACAUACAAUGUACAACGAGUUACAUAUUGUCAUGGCAUGUCUAGUCAAUGUACAAUAAAUUCACAACUUACAUCUAA